ACCUUCGUACACCGGUCAAUAAACCUGCCAACUUGCGCUUUCCGUUCCAAAGUUUAUUCAUAAUUCAUAAACAUAUUCAUUCCCACCGCGUGCGUGCAUUUGCCGGUUUAAUGUAGUUUACAACUUAUCAGAAAAACUCCUCACCGCGUAUCGCCAUCGCCACUACAACUUGUUAGCAACUUUCUCCGCCUAGAAAACAGUCAGUGCCGUCGCGAUGAUCAAACUAAUAGGACUCGUGCGGAACUUUUCCAGUUCUCCCUCGCUCAAUGUGAUCCAGAAUGUCACUGUAGUCGGAGGAGGGCUUAUGGGGUCCGGGAUUGCUCAGGUAGCAGCCCAGGCCGGCCAGAAUGUGACAAUAAUUGAUGUGAAGCCAGAGUUGCUGGAAAAGGCACAGAAGUCCAUUAAAAGCAACCUGGUCAGAGUGGCCAAGAAGACCUUCAAGGAUGAUGCAGCCAAGGCUGAGCAGUUUGUUAGAGACUCCUUUGACAGGAUCAAGGUGUCCACUAAGAUUGAGGAUGGGGCUGAUGUUGACCUGAUAGUUGAGGCCAUUGUGGAGAAACUGGAUGCUAAACAGGAACUGUUCAAGAAGUUAGAUGAUCUCUCACCUGAACACACAAUAUUUGCCUCAAACACAUCAUCCAUAUCAAUCAAUGAAAUAUGCUCCGGAAUCAAAAGGAAGGACAGAUUCGGCGGGCUCCACUUCUUCAACCCGGUGCCAGUCAUGCGUCUGCUGGAGGUGAUCAAGGGCGACGACAUCUCCGAGGCCACAUACCAGGCCAUGAUGGCCUGGGGCAAGGCUGUGGGCAAGACCUGCAUCACAUGCAAGGACACGCCUGGGUUCGUGGUGAACCGCCUGCUUGGCCCGUACAGCGCUGAGGCAUUGAGGAUGUAUGAAAGAGGUGACGCGACAAAAGAAGACAUAGACAUCGGCAUGAAGCUCGGCGCCGGCUACCCCAUGGGCCCCUUCGAGUUGGCGGACUACACGGGGCUCGACACCAACAAGUUCGCCCUCCAAGUGAUGUAUGAGAAGACUGGCAACCCCGUGUUCAAGCCAAUACCGCUCAUGGACAAAAUGGUGGAAGAGGGGAAGCUUGGGAUUAAAACUGGGGAAGGGUUUUACAAGUAUAACAAGAAUAAGUUGUAAGUUAAAAGGUGUUUGGAUGAUUGGUGCUAUUGUUUUGUAAGUAAGAAUACUUAUUUGUUGUAAUCGCAUUUAUAUUUUUGAUAUUAUAUUAUACCUACAUUUAUUUAC